CGCUGCUCGAAAGACCACCAGUAUAGUCAGGCCCGAUCUGACUUCUCCGACUGCUUUUCCGGCAUCCAGGAAACUUCCAAAUAACCCUCCUUUAAGCGCUUGUGCGGCUUCCACCGGAGGAGGAGCUCAUCCCUCAACGGGAAAGAAAACCCCACCCUGGGAAUCCGCACAUCCCUCUUGGCUCCGUUAGCCGGGAUCGGUUUGGGUUGGGGCGUUGCAGCAUGGCAGAUCCGGUCACGGAGCAAAUCGGCGCUCGAACUGAUUGGCAGCGCGCCCGGGAAGACCCCGCGGAAUUGCCACUCGCAGCUCAGCGCUUGGUAGAGGACGCGGUGGGGAACAGGAUCCCCUUCGGGACUCUUUACAAGGAACAGAAGACGAUCGUGAUCUUCUUGCGGCAUUUUUUGUGCUAUGUCUGUAAAGAAUAUGUGGAGGAUCUGGGCAAAAUUCCCAAGAAAUUUUUGCAAGAUGCAAAAGUUAGACUUGUGGUUAUUGGGCAAUCAGCACAUCAUCACAUUCGGCCAUUUUGUAAUCUGACAGGUUACCCUCAUGAAAUAUAUGUAGAUCCACAAAGGGAAAUUUAUAAAAUUCUUGGCAUGAAAAGAGGGGAAUCCUCCGGCUCAGCAGUGCACAGCCCUCAUGUUAAAUCCAGUUUGCUAUCAGGAAGCAUUAAAAGCAUGUGGAGGGCAAUGACGAGCCCUGCAUUCGAUUUUCAGGGUGAUCCAGCUCAGCAGGGAGGCACUUUCAUUUUAGGACCAGGUGAUGAGAUUCACUUUGUGCACCUUGACCAAAACAGGUUGGACCAUAUCCCCAUUAAUAAUGUUUUGCAGCUUGCUGGAGUUGAAACAGUAGAUUUUACUUACAGAUCUCAGAUUAUUGAUAUAUGAAUUUUAGAAGAAAAAUACAUCUGUCAAGACAAGUGAUAUAUAUAUAUAUAUAUAUCAGCAGACUAUUGUGGCAAUUCACAUUUAAUGAGGUUACUGUGAAAUUAAUAAAGCAGAAAUAGCUCCAGAAUAGAUUUUUACACCCCAAAAAAUUAGCCUUUAAACUUAAUAUUGUGCUCAAGACACAAUAACAAGAAAACAAGUCAUUAAACCUGCUGAACAAAAGUAAUGAUUUUAUGGAGUCAGAGAGUUUAUUUCAAUCACACUAUUCCACUUAAAAUUUAACUGUUUUGUGUUAAUGAUUGAAACAUAUGGAUAACAAUUAAUGUCCUUUUUCCUCUUCAGUGUUUAAUUAAAGCAAGACCUCAGAUCAAAACAAAAAUGCAAACUUUAAUUGUCUAUAAUUGCUUCCUUGGAAGCCAAAUUGGCGUGAAUGUUGUUCUGAAGUCUGUAAACUAGAAGAUGAGAAAAAAGUGUUUAGAGAAUUAAUUUCAUGGUAGACUACUGACUGGGUAACCUUUAUUUUUAGUCUUGAUGCCCCACUAAUCUUGAAUUAAAAGUUAUCUGCAAUUUUUUUCUGCAGUAUUUUGUUAAGGUGCAUGCAACAGAACAAUCAGUGUUACACCCAACUAAUGGUUUCAGAUUAUAGUUUUCACACUUUUGCUCACUUUGAUCCCAAGAGUUCAGAAAAGGAAAGAUCAAUUAUAUAAUGCAGAAGUGGUAAAAUUAUAAUCAUGCAAGUGUUGUUAAGAUACAGUUAACCAGAAGUCCUCAGCAACAAUACAGGUAGUCCUUGAUUUACAACCAUUUGUUUAGUGACCAUUCAAAAUUACAAAUGCAUUGAAAAAAGUGACUUAUGACCAGUUUUCACAUUUACGACCGUUGCAGCAUUAGUUUAUUGUCAUUGCACCUCAUACAGUGAAAUUAAAUGCCAUCCCCAUGAUCACAUGAUCAAAAUUUGGGCACUUGGCAACUGGCAUGUAUUUAUGACAGUUGCAUUGUCUCCAGGUCAUGUGAUCACCAUUUGUAACUUUCCCAGCUAGCUUCCAACAAGCAAAGUCAAUGGAGAAAGCCAGAUUCACUUAAUAACCAUCUGAUUCACUUAACAAUGGCUAUGUUUGCCUGACAACUGUGGCAAAAAAGGUCAUAAAGUGGGAUGUGACUCAUUUAACAACUGAAAUGUUGCGUUCAAUUGUGGUUGUAAGCCAAGGACUCCUUAUAAUGCUUCUUGGUGCCACCAGGAGUUCUAGUUGAGAAAUAUUGGUUAAAACUGUUGUAAAGAAUUAUAGAGAAUGAGAGAUUCUCCAGCUUUGAUAUUUUAAGAUUAUUUAUGAAGACAAAAAUAAAAAUUGAAAAUGCAAAAUGUAUAUAAUAUAUGGAUUUAGUGUUUUAUUUAGCCUGACAUUGGAAACUAUCUAAAAAUCAAUGCAGAAUUGGAAUAUAAUCAUUGUUAAGACAAAACACACACAUAUGUAUGUGUGUUUAACUAGCAAUUUUCAUACCUGCCAACUACUUUAGCCAUAUAUAAGAUUUUACUUAAAAAGUAUUUAUGAUAUAUUGUAAUCCUCUCCCCCACCCAAAAAAAAAAAAAAAACUAGCAAUAAACACAUUUUACCGAA